AUGAACAGGCCGGAAUUGCCUCCCAAGGGUUCUUUCAAGGAAGAGCAAACCAGUUCUUCUCGGAAUCCUGUUUACGUCGAACUUCCUAAAGACAUUCAACGCUUCCCCUCGUCAGCUACUGAAGAACUGAUAAGUGAGAAUAGGAAGCAUCUUGAAAACUUUGUUCUCCGGUUUAAUGAUACUGAGGAUUGCUCAGGUACGGUACGGCAGUGUAAACAAGAUUUGGAGACAGUUUUAAAGGAAUUCAAGGAACUCGGUCAAGAGCGACAGGAGCUUGAACUUGUCAUGGGAAAAAUGGCGACAUCAAAAGAAGAGUAUGUUACAAAAAGCCAGCAAUUAGAAGAUUUAAUGGAGGCUCAGUUUGACAUGCGAGCUCUUUUGAGGUCCUUUGAGGCCCAGCUCAGUGAUAUGAAUAGUACAAGCCGAUUUUCAGAGCAGAAACGAUGCGACGAUAUCGAUGCAUUUCUAGAGGGCUAUCUUAAAUCCCGGACCAAGUACCAUCUAUCUCGAUUGAAAGUAGAUACCUGGAAGGCCGGGUACGUAUCAAAAUGA